AUGGCAUCAAACCACACCUCGUACACUCCUUCAUCCAUACACAGCAGAGGAGGCGUUCAGUCAUGUCUGAACAAUAACAACAACAAUAUCGGAUCUUCCUCCUCGAAUUAUUCUUUUGGAUCUUCUGUCCUUCCAACUAAUUUGACCAUCCCAUCCCUAGGAGGAAGAAGGUCAUCCUUCUACACAUCUACUACUACUAAUACGAGUAGUAACAAUCAAUCCACAACACUUUCUGCUAGCAGUGUUUCCAAACCUUCGCUCUCCACUCCACAAUCAUCCUUGUUCACUGGAAAUAGAAGAGAAAGCUUUGGUACUAGCUCUGUGAUGAGAUCUUCUGUUUAUCCUGCUUUAAACGGAGGGUUCAACACCAUUCCAAGCUCAACCAACUCUGUAAAUACAAACUCAAGAACCCCAUUAACUCAAGUUUCGAAUCCUCCAAACAGUACCAAUAUAAACAAUAUCAACAGAAACUCAUUAUCGGGGUCGUUUUCGCAUCAAAACAGAACCAAAAAGUCUUCGCAAGCAACACCAAAAAUCACGCCUGGUAAUGGUGGAAAUUAUCAUACUUUAAAUAACAGUUUCAAUAUGGAAGAAAUAGGUGUUUCCUCAAAGAAUGAUGAAAUCAUGAGUGAUGAGAAUGUUAUUGCAGACAAAUCUGUUUUAACAUCAUCACAAACGUCAAGAGAGAAUGAAGAAUUGAGAAAAGAGAAUGAAGAGCUUAAACAACAAAUUCAAAAACUUCACAAUGAUCUUCUUCAAAAAGAAAAGAUAAUUAUUGAUAAGGAUGAUUUGAUUCGUCAAAAAGAUCACAGCGAUCGAGAAUUUCAAGAAUAUAGACGCUGGAUUGAAAGCAUGUCUUUGAAGCUUAUUGAGUUUGGAGUGGAUCCCAAUAGUUUAAAAGAUUUUCCUCACAAACAGAAUCAAUCAAGCAAUGUUCUUUCUCUUGCCCUCGACGACACAAUGAGAGAAUUGGAAGGUGUCCUAGGAAAAUAUUCUUUACUGUACUCUUCAUCAAGAUCAAUGCAACUGGAAGAUUAA